AUGGAGACACUCGGUAGCAAGAGAGAGAUGGCAUUUCGAUCCCGAAGCUCUUCCCAGGCAAUAGGGGCUUCGACACUGAGCUCUUCCCAGGCAAUAGGGACUCCGGCCCUGAGGAAUUUCACCAUUCCUAGGAGGAAGAGGGGAGAUGGAAAAGGUAUGAGAGACAAAUAAUCACAUUCAAAACCCAUGUUAAUAUAAUCUGAACAAUAUAAUCUCAACAAGCAUGAUAGCUCAUAAAGUAUGUGCCACUCCCUACAAUGCUUUUAGCACUUGAAAAAGUGUGAUAUAAAUUCAAUUUAUUAUCAACAAUAACAAUAAUGAUAAAACUAUUGAUUUGUGAAUAAAAAUUGAGUGUUUUGACAAUUAUUUUUGCUGGAUUGCUGAAUUACAUGUAGUCCUGUCCGUUUGCAUCUCUUUUUGACCAGCUCUUUUGGAUCCCUGCCUCAAAGAGAGCAGGGACUAUAGUCUGAUACAAUCAACUCUGAACGAGUCCCGAUUGGACAUGGGCAAGGAGAUAUCCCUCAGCUUGCAGUGGGAUGAUGUCACGCUAAUACACAACGAGGAGCUUCUGCGACAGUUCUCUGAAAAA